AUGGCGCCGCCGCCGAGCGACGAGCGUUGGAAGGCGGCGGCGAGGCGGCUCGCGUUCGAUCCCGACCAGCUCGCGGACGCCCUCGCCGCCCUCGACGCCUGGGGCGAGCGGAUUGCGCGCAUCCACGCAGACCGCUCGCGCCUGAUGGCCGAGGCCGCCGCGGCCGCGGCCGCGGCCGCGGGUGGCGCAUCAGACCCGGCGCGGCGGGCGCAGCACGUUGCGGCGCUGGACUUCAACCUGCAGGAGGGUAUCUGGAACUUCCUCAUUACGUGGCUGGUCGUCUUCUGCAGCAUCGCGAGGCCGGAGCAGUUUGCGGCGUACAUGCUUGCGUGCGCGCCGUGGGUGCCCUCGAUGCCGUGCGUGCAGGCGGGGCUGCGGGACCUGACAGCCGAUGCGGCGGCGGCGGCGGCAGCGGCGGCUGCGGCGGCCGCGCGGUAG